AUGCCGUCGAUAUCCACCACGCUCCGCACAGCGCGCACGUUCUCGAGGAGCACCACCAAGACAUAUCUCAAUCUCUCCCGCAGCUUCUCCUCUUCCCUGCGCCGCAAUGAAAUCAAUAAAGUCUACCCUAGUGCCGAAGCCGCAAUCAGUGAUAUGGCAUCCGACAGCACCCUCCUCUGCGGCGGCUUCGGUCUCUCCGGCGUGCCAGACACACUUAUCAACCAAGUCAAGAGCACACCAAACAUCACCGGCCUAACGGCUGUAUCAAAUAACGCCGGUGUAGUAGGAGGAGGGCUGGGUUUACUGCUAGAGAGCAAGCAGGUCAAGAAGAUGAUCGCGUCCUAUGUGGGAGAGAACAAAGUCCUCGAGCAAAUGUACCUUACUGGUGAACUAGAGCUUGAACUGACACCCCAAGGCACCCUCGCGGAGAGAUGUAGAGCAGGCGGUGCAGGCAUCCCAGCAUUCUACACACCCGCAGCAUUUGGUACCGUCGUUCAAACCGGUGAGCUGGCUCUCAAGCACAAUAGAGACGGCUCAGUAGCCCAGUACUCUACACCACGCGACGUCAAAGUCUUCGCGGGGAAAUCUUAUGUCAUGGAAGAAAGCAUCAAGGGCGACUAUGCCUUUGUCAAGGCCUACAAAGCCGAUCGCCUGGGGAACGUCCAAUUCCGCUUCUCAGCGCAGAACUUCAACGGCGCAAUGGCGCGGAACGCAAAGGUUACAAUCGUAGAGGCAGAGCAUAUUGUCGAAGUAGGAGAUAUCGAACCCAACGCCGUACACGUUCCAGGAAUCUACGUAGACAGGGUGAUUCAGAGUAGCGCGGAGAAGAAGAUUGAAAAGGUGGUAAACGCAAAAGAUCCCAAAGACGCGGUGAACGAGCUGGGCAAAGGCGAUGCAGCAAAUAAGCGCGAGAGGAUCGUCCGCCGCGCAGCAAAGGAAUUCAAAAAUGGCAUGUACGCCAAUCUCGGAAUAGGCAUGCCGAUGCUUGCCCCCUCAUUCGUCGACCCCAGUGUCGAAGUUCAAUUGCAGUCCGAAAACGGCAUCCUCGGUCUAGGCCCUUACCCCCAGAAAGGCCUGGAAGACCCGGACCUCAUCAACGCUGGAAAAGAGACUGUCACCCUGCUACCAGGAGCAUCAUGCUUCGGCUCCGAAGAAUCGUUUGGUAUGAUCCGCGCUGGAAAAAUCAACCUGACUAUCCUCGGUGCCAUGCAGGUGUCCGCGCGAGGCGAUCUAGCAAACUGGAUGUUGCCCGGCAAGGUCAAGGGUUUCGGCGGCGCCAUGGAUUUGGUGUCGAAUCCACAAGCGACCAAAGUGGUGGUGACGAUGGAGCACACGGACAAGAAGGGCAGGCCUAAGAUCCUCAAGCAGUGCGAAUUCCCUCUGACGGGCAAGGCGUGCGUGAGCAGGAUCAUUACAGAAUUGUGCGUGUUCGACGUCGAUUUCACAGAAGGUCUCACUCUCAUCGAGCUAGCAGAUGGUGUGACUGUUGAUGAGGUACGGUCAAAGACGGGUGCAGACUUCAAGGAGGCUGCCGAGAUCAAGCCAAUGCUGUGA